UAUCACCCCAAAAAAAAAUCAACAUGGUAACGACAAGACAACAUUACUACAUUAUUUCCCUCACUCAUCAUCAUUAAAAACUAGGUGUGACCUUGUGCUAUUAUUAUUAUUGCCAAAACCAUGAAAGCUAUGAAAGCUUCACUACACAUCACUACUCCAUUUGCUAUUAUUUCACCCAACCAACUACUCAAUGCAAUCACUCUUGGGGAUAAGUAUUUUGGUUUCAAAUAUAGCAAAGAUAAGAGUAUUGUAAUGACAAUGGUGGCCACAAGAUUAGGUAAAGGUGGUGGUUUGUUGGAGAAGCCUCCAACCAUAGAGACAACUUCACCUGGUCGAGAAUCUGAAUUUGAUUUAAGGAAAUCAAAAAAAACAUCACCACCAUACAGAGUAAUGCUGCACAAUGACAACUACAAUAAAAGAGAAUAUGUAGUACAAGUGUUGAUGAAAGUGAUACCUGGAAUGACAGUUGAUAUUGCGGUUAACAUCAUGCAAGAGGCGCAUUAUAAUGGUUUAGCAGUGGUCAUUAUCUGUGCUCAAGUUGAUGCGGAAGAUCAUUGCAUGCAAUUGAGAGGAAACGGCCUUUUAAGUUCGAUUGAGCCAGCAGAUGGUGGUUGUUGAAUACUCAAAAAUUCAUAAAGAUAUCUCGAAUUCACCGCAGUCAGUAAAUUGGAAUCGUCAGAUGAAGAUCAGACGAUUUAUAGUAAAGAUCGGUAAAUUGAAUAUAUAAUAUAAGUUGUUCGAUCUUCACUCGGAUAAUUCUGAUUGAUUGACGGUGGUGAUUAGUGCAUGAUAUUAACUAUAGGGUGCUUAAGUGUAUACAUAUUAUACACAUUUUUCAGUGUCCUAUUUCCCAAACAUUAAAGAUAGUUAAUAGUUGUAUACAAUAUUUGUGAUAAGGCAUGGAAAUAUAUAAUGCUAAAUUGAAGUUAUAUAAGAAUAUUGUCAAUGUUCAAA